AAAACUCAGAGGAUGGAACUAUUCUUUGGGGGAAAUUGAGCAAUGAAGAGAGCAAUAUAGUUGAAGAGAAUGCAAGAAGAUGUGUCACCUCUCACCUACUGUAUUUCUGCAUCUUGAAGCAAAGCCAUAGAGAUCUGGACAUGACUUUUCAACUGUCAGCGUUCUUACACCAGAGCCUAGCAGAUGUGCAGAACCCAGGAAAUCAAGCUUUCUUCCCAUUCAACUGCACUGAACCAUGAAGCGUCAGCAAUGGCGAACACCAAGCUGGGACCGGUUCUGAAAGAUGAGCUCGACAUAGUCAUCCCCACCAUCCGCAACCUCGACUUCCUCGAGAUGUGGAGACCAUUUUUCCAGCCCUAUCACUUGAUCAUUGUCCAAGACGGCGACCCGUCCAAGACUAUCAGGGUUCCUGAUGGCUUUGACUAUGAGCUCUACAAUCGUAUGGAUAUUGAUCGGAUUCUGGGCCCUAAGGCCUCGUGCAUUUCAUUUAAGGACUCUGCUUGUAGGUGCUUUGGCUACUUGAUUUCCAAGAAGAAGUACAUCUUCACGAUUGAUGAUGACUGCUUCGUUGCUAAAGACCCAUCUGGUAAAGAGAUUAAUGCACUUGAACAGCACAUUAAGAACGUGUUGACGCCAUCGACCCCAUUUUUCUUUAACACCCUUUAUGAUCCAUUUAGAGAAGGUGCUGAUUUUGUCCGUGGAUAUCCAUUCACUCUCCGUGAAGGUGUCCCCACAGCGGUGUCUCAUGGCCUCUGGCUAAACAUUCCAGAUUAUGAUGCACCCACCCAACUCGUCAAACCACUCGAGAGAAACACAAGGUACGUCAAUGCGGUUCUGACGGUACCAAAGGGCACUCUCUUCCCCAUGUGUGGAAUGAAUCUAGCAUUCAACCGUGAACUAAUUGGUCCCGCCAUGUACUUUGGACUCAUGGGAAAUGGCCAACCCAUCGGUCGCUAUGACGAUAUGUGGGCUGGCUGGUGUAUGAAGGUUAUCUGUGACCACUUGGGAUUUGGAGUGAAGACGGGAUUGCCAUAUAUCUGGCACAGCAAGGCAAGCAACCCAUUUACAAACCUGAAGAAGGAAUACAAAGGAAUCUAUUGGCAAGAACAGAUCAUACCCUUUUUCCAAACUGUUACCCUACCAAAGCAUUGCGACACUGUGCAGAAGUGCUAUAUUGAACUCUCCAAGCUGGUCAGGGAAAACCUCAGUUCAGUCGAUGAGUAUUUUGUGAAGCUUGCCGAUGCCAUGCUCACUUGGAUUGAAGCUUGGAAUGAGCUGAAUCCAUAAGGUUGUUUCAGAAUAGUUUACUCAUUGUUUUUUACUUCUGGUUAAAGAUUUGAUGUUUAUUACACUAAAUGGUUAAUUACUCACUAUUUAAGAUUUCUUUCGAAUGAAAAUUUGACUCAUGCUGCCUUGCUUA